AUUUAUAUAUUUGUUGUAACGACCGUUUACCGAUGGUGAUUUUGUAUUGAUAAUAGGUAAAUCGGUUUUGGAUCGGAAUCCCAUUGCUGGCGUAUUAGUCCGGCAUUGCCAUUUGUUUGUGAGAAUCAUUUGUGCUCAGACGCGCCUCCAGUGAAAUUGUUCUAUUGUUAUUUCGGUUAUUAGAAUAGUUUAUACAAACUAAUACAAUGGCCGGUGCCAAUCCAUUUGCGCAGUUUCAAAAGUCUUUUUCGUUGAAUGGAACAACAUACAAAUACUUCGACUUGGCUUCAAUUGAUCCAAACUACAAUAAACUACCCUACUCAAUUCGUGUGCUCCUGGAAUCUGCAGUAAGAAACUGCGAUAACUUUUAUGUACUUGAAAAAGAUGUGCAAAACAUUUUGGCUUGGACACCCGACCUAAGGCAGGGUCAAAACGAUGUGGAAGUUUCCUUCAAGCCGGCACGUGUUAUACUGCAGGAUUUCACUGGUGUUCCCGCUGUUGUGGACUUCGCUGCAAUGCGUGAUGCAGUCUUAAAACUUGGUGGUGAUCCCGAGAAAAUUAACCCAAUUUGUCCUGCCGAUUUAGUAAUCGAUCAUUCGGUCCAAGUGGAUUUCACAAGAAGCACGGAUGCAGUAACAAAGAAUGAAAGUUUAGAAUUUCAACGCAAUAAAGAACGUUUUACAUUCUUAAAGUGGGGAGCACGCGCUUUCAACAACAUGCUAAUUGUUCCACCUGGUUCUGGUAUAGUUCAUCAAGUAAAUUUGGAAUAUUUGGGGCGUGUAGUAUUCGAGGAAGGUAACGGCAAUACAAAACUGCUAUAUCCGGAUAGUGUUGUCGGUACCGAUUCGCACACACCUAUGAUAAACGGUUUAGGUGUCCUAGGUUGGGGUGUUGGAGGUAUUGAAGCUGAAGCUGUUAUGUUAGGACAAUCGAUUUCCAUGUUGCUACCAGAAGUAGUUGGUUACAAGCUUGUUGGAAAACUGGGACCACUCGUUACAUCCACUGAUUUGGUAUUGACUAUUACCAAAAAUUUAAGACAACUAGGUGUUGUUGGCAAAUUCGUCGAAUUCUAUGGUCCAGGUGUAGCAGAGUUGAGUAUAGCAGAUCGUGCCACCAUCGGUAAUAUGUCACCAGAAAACGGUGCCACUGUGAGCUUCUUUCCCAUCGACGAAAACACAUUGGCUUAUUUAAGGCAAACAAAUCGGUCAGAGGAAAAAAUUGAGGUUAUCCGACAAUAUUUAAAAGAAACAGGUCAAUUACGUGAUUAUAAUGAAGUCUCACAAGAUCCAAUUUACUCUCAGUCUCUAACUCUUGACUUGUCAACUGUCGUUACUUCUGUUUCGGGACCUAAACGACCACAUGAUCGUGUUGCAGUUUCAGAUAUGAAGGGUGACUUCCAAGCCUGUCUGGUCAAUCCUGUCGGCUUUAAAGGAUUUGCCAUUGCUCCAGAAACUCUACAAACUGCUGGACAAUUCCAAUGGGAUAAUGGAAAAACUUACACUAUUCGUCAUGGUUCAGUUGUGAUUGCUGCAAUUACAUCUUGUACAAAUACUUCCAAUCCUUCGGUCAUGUUGGGAGCUGGCUUACUUGCCAAAAAGGCGGUAGAAAAAGGACUGACAGUGAUGCCUUAUAUUAAAACAUCGCUAUCACCAGGAUCUGGUGUGGUUACCUAUUAUUUGCAAGAAUCGGGAGUUAUUCCAUACUUACAGAAGUUAGGUUUUGACAUUGUCGGCUACGGUUGUAUGACAUGUAUCGGUAACUCCGGACCACUGGAUGAUAAUGUUGUAAAUACCAUCGAAAAGAAUGGUUUGGUGUGCUGUGGUGUUUUGUCUGGAAACCGAAAUUUCGAAGGACGCAUUCAUCCUAAUACCCGCGCCAACUACUUGGCCAGCCCACUGUUGGUUAUUGCUUACGCAAUUGCGGGACGCGUCGAUAUCGAUUUUGAAACAGAGCCAUUAGGUCAGGGGCCGUCUGGUGAAAAGGUAUUCUUGCGUGAUAUAUGGCCAACCCGUAAUGAAAUCCAAGACGUCGAGAGUAAACACGUCAUACCAGCUAUGUUCAAAGAAGUUUACAGUAAAAUUACAUUGGGCUCCGAAGACUGGCAAAAGAUUGAGGUAGCUGAAAGCAAAUUAUAUCCGUGGAAUACUGAAUCUACAUACAUUAAGCACCCACCAUUUUUCGAUGGUAUGACCCGUGAAUUGCCACCACUUAAGGGUAUACAAAAUGCGCGCUGCUUAUUGUAUUUAGGCGAUUCUGUUACAACAGAUCAUAUAUCACCGGCCGGUUCUAUUGCCAGAAAUUCGCCCGCUGCACGUUAUCUAUCCGAACGUAAUUUGACGCCACGCGAUUUCAACUCGUAUGGGUCACGUCGUGGCAAUGAUGCUGUAAUGGCCCGCGGCACGUUCGCAAAUAUUCGUUUAGUUAAUAAAUUGGUGAGCAAAACCGGUCCACGAACUUUGCAUAUACCAAGCAACGAAGAAAUGGAUGUAUUCGAUUGUGCUGAUCGUUAUCGUGAAGAUGGCACACCAUUGGUGCUUAUAGCAGGGAAAGACUACGGUAGCGGUUCCAGUCGCGAUUGGGCUGCUAAAGGCCCCUUGUUAUUGGGCAUCAAAGCCGUUAUUGCUGAGUCUUACGAACGUAUACAUCGCUCUAAUUUGGUUGGUAUGGGCAUCAUACCUCUGCAAUUCUUACCCGGACAAAAUUCAGAAACUUUAAAUCUAAACGGACGUGAGGUCUACAAUAUUUAUAUACCAGAGAACGGUUUGAAACCUGGUCAGAAAAUUCAAGUUGAGGCCGAUGGCGUAGUGUUCGACACUAUUGUAAGAUUCGACACGGAAGUCGAUAUUACCUACUACAGGAACGGUGGAAUUCUUAACUACAUGAUUCGCAAAAUGUUUGCUUAAUUGAAAAUGCGCAGCAAUACAGGCAAUAUACAUGGAUAUAACGAGUAAAAGGAAGAUACUUCCGAAAGCCUUUUAUUAUUCAGAGUUUAAACUUUCCAGUUAUGCAUGAAAUGCAAAAUAUUUUUAAUAAUAAGGCAUCAAGGUUAAAAGGGUAAUUUCAUACUUACAAACAUGAUACGUAAUAAAAUAUAAUAUGAUAUAUCAA